AUGGACGGUGCUUCAGUGUCCACAGCUCCUAAACGCACGGAAGUGUCGUCGAGCUCGUCCGACUACACGAUGCCAGAACAACAAGACCUCACUCUCAAAGUCAGGCCGUGGCGGCGAAGCGUCACGCCGUGGGCUAACAUCCUCGCACACGAGUAUAAGGGCUCCGGCACUGAUGCCGACCCACACGUCGUGACGUGGCUGCCGGAGGAUCCAGAGAACCCUCAAGCCUAUAGCCAGGUGUACAAAUGGACGGUCACCAUGCUGGCUGCAACCGGUACACUCGCUGUGGGCUUUGGGUCGUCCAUGCUCUCCGCCGCAAUCACCAACCUCAUGCACGCGUUCCCUGGUCACAACAAGAUGCUUUACAUUAUGAUCACCGGUAUCUACGUUCUUGGUUUCGUCGUCGGCCCACUUGCGUGGGCGCCGUGUUCGGAAGUGUUCGGCCGCCGUGCAAUGUUUAUCUUCACAUACAUUCCCUUCACAAUCUUCAAUGCGGCAGUGUGUGGUACCAAGACGCUGAACGCCAUGCUCGUCAUGCGCUUCUUCGCGGGCACCUUUGGCAGUUCGACAAUGACUAACUCGGGCGGUGUGAUCGCGGACAUGUUUGCGGCCAAAGACCGCGGCCUCGCCAUGGGUGUCUUCGCGGCCAUGCCCUUCCUCGGUCCUGCCGUUGGUCCUGUUGCUGGUGGUUUCCUCUCAAUGAACGCCAAGUGGCAGUGGGUCGCAGCCGUCAUCGCGUUCUUCUCUGCGGCCCUCACGUUCGCCGGGUGGCUCUGGCUGCCUGAGACCUACGCUCCUGUUCUUCUCCGCGCUCGUGCUCGCAAGCUCAAGGCCGCCACCGGCAAGGUCUACCUCUGCGAGCAGGAUGUUCGCAAGCCCCUCAACACGAAGCAGCUCUUCUUCAACCAGCUGCGCGUUCCCUAUAUCCUCCUCUUCACCGAGCCCAUCGUCCUCUUCGCAUCUCUCUACAUGGCCGUCAUCUUCGCCAUCCUGUACAUGCAGUUCACUGCGUUCCCGUACGUCUUCCAGGGUUACCGCCACUGGUCGCCUGGAGUCUCGGCGCUGGCCUUUGUCGGCGUCACCGUCGGCGCCUUUAUCGCUCUCGCGAACAUCAUCUUUUACGAGAACCCGCGCUACGCCCGCAACCUCGCCAAGAAGGGCUAUCUUCCUCCCGAGGCGCGUCUCCCGAGCACGAUUAUGGGUGCGACUCUCCUUCCCGUCGGCCUGUUCAUCUUCGCUUGGACCUGCGUCCCCAUCACCAUCCACUGGAUCGGUUGUAUCAUCGCCACCGUUCCCUUCGGUGCCGGUAUUGUCAUGCUCUUCCUCGGCAUGUCCAACUACCUCGUUGACGCAUACCUGCUCAACGCUGCCUCGGUUCUUGCGGCUGGUACUGUUACGCGUUCCAUUCUCGGUGUUGCCUUCCCGCUCUUCACAUACGACAUGUAUGAGGCCAUGGGACCUAACUGGGCCGGUACGCUCGUCGCGUGCCUUUCUCUCGUCUUCAUCCCCUGUCCCAUCAUCCUGUACUACUACGGCCAGCGCAUCCGGCGCAUGACCAAGCCUGGCCGUGAGGCUGACGACCUCGGCCACAUGAUUGCCAAGAUGAUGAUGGCGCAGAUGGCCGGUGCUGGCGCUGGUGCUGGUGCUGGUGCUGGUGCCACUGCCGGCGCUGGUGCCGCACCCGCCAAGGACCAGGGCGAGAAGGUCGAGGAGCUCGACGAGUACGGCACGACGCGCGCCCGCGCCUCAGACGAGGAGGCGGGCGUGGAGGGUCGCCCACAGCUGCACCGCUCCACGACGACUGCGACGCAGCACUCCAUCCGGUCGAUGGACGAGCUCGUCGAGCUCGAGUACGCGCCUGUUGCUUACGAACUCAAGUCGGACGACGGCCACCGCUAG